AUGCUCCCCCGUCCCCCGGCUCGCCAUCGCUGCUUGCUUGUUGCUUUCUUGCUGGCUCGCUCGCUCGCCGCAGGCAGCAGGUCAGGUGCCCCGAGAGCGAUUCUCAGAAAGCAAAUGGACGGCAGCAAAGGGGCCCCACCGGAGCCCGUUGAUGCCUCAGGUAUGGCGUGGUAUGGUAUGGUAUUGAUGGAAUGUAUGUACAUGCGUGUACCUUGCUCCUGGCUAGCCGCUGCGUGUGGUGGUCUGCGCCUCUACGUCAGCCACCGGCUCCACCGCACCGCUUGGCAGGCACGCCGACAAGCGACCCAACCCAGAACCACGAACCACGCCGACCAACCGCCGGACCGCACCAGACCACCAAGACAAGACCAGUUCCUCCAUCGUGACUGA